AUGUUUGGUAAACUGCGUCAACCUGAACAUCGUAUUAAAGCCAAACGUCUUCAAUACAACGGGAUUCAGCCGUCGUCUUCUGGUGAGAUCAAUCUGCGAAUCUCUUCUUCAUGCACUCUCAUACAAAAUAAAGGUGAUUCAGCCAAAUCCACUUUUUGGCCGUCCCCACGGCAACUUCCUUCUGGAUAUCUCGCACGUCCUGAAACCGGGAACAUCGAGUUCACUGGAGAUUCCAUCCAUCUUCUGUCCUCAUCAGUCCUCCAGCACUCUGCUGGCCUGACAACGUCGACUGACGGCGAUGCUUCUCCUCGUGGCGGCAGUCCAGUGAAUGCGUUAGGAGUCGAGCCUGAGCAGGCGGCAGCGACUUCGACGAGCUUCGAUGUGCUAAUCGGCUCACGAGCAAAUGAUUCCGCGGCUCGACGACUUUUGUACAGCACAACAGCAGCCAUAGUGACCCGGCGAACGCAGUCCGCUCGACCGCCACUGGUCGCCAGUGAAGAGUCCUCCAGUUCUGACCCUAUUUCGCCCUCUCUUGUCGGUUCUUGUUCAUCUCUAGCCUCACUUUCAGAUGCGGACUGA